AUGAGAACCAAGCAUUUCACUGGAAACCGGCCGAGUCAUUAUCAAAUGUAUGAGGAACUAGACGAGGACGACGCUGCCUAUCUUUUGAUGGACUUAUCAAAGGCUCAAGCCAUUCGCUUUGAACUGACUACUCCAGUAUCAAGUCCUAAUGAGGAAGAAGCAGCUGCGGGCAACUCUUCUGUUGGAUCAUAUGAUCACCAAGGCGAUUGCGCACAAAGGGGAUUCCCUUGUUAUACAACUCAAGAAAUCGUCAAAAGGGUGAGAGUAAUUCCCGGGGAUGCACGUGUGCUUGAACUGAGUUUGCGCCUGGAGGAUUUAGUCCGAGCAGUACUCCGAAUCUUCUCAUCAAAACUGGCACCGAAAGGCGUUUAUUCAUGGAAGCCACUGUAA